CAACCCGGAAAUGACACGUCAUUUGUUUGCGUUCACGGGCCGAGUUCACGGCCGGGGCUAGCACUUAGUUAGCACAAAUUAAGGAUAUAUAUGGGGUCGGGGUUCUGUUAUAAUUAGCGUUAAUGUACCUCGGCAUAGCUAAAACAUGUUGUGUCUAUCUUAACUAAUGACUGCUUCAUUGCAACACCUGGUGAGCGCGCAUAUGAGUAACACCCCAGGUGUACCUGCAGUUAGCUAUGUCUGGCUUACAUGCUAACAUGCUAACAUGCUCCUGGUGGAUCCUGAGGAACUUCUCUACCUUCAGUCAGGUGUGUGAGGACGUUCUGCUGUUGAGACGGUAGAGCCUCACUCAGCUCGAAACAUUUUGAAUUAGAGGAGCGCAGUGGGACCAGGGAGGCUGAAUUGACUGGUUAUACUGGGACAGCGAGACCCAUGGGACUGGUUAUAUUAUGCUUUGAUAAUGAACGUGAGAAGUUGAACCUGGAGCAGAUUGUGGAGGACUUCCGGUGCUGUUCAGACAGAAAUUAAAUGUGUUGCACCAGAGUGAACUUCAUAUCAUUCCUGCCUUUUGGUGAGCGAGCCAGGAGGGGCAGUAGAGAAUAACCACGAACCCCCACCCCUUCCAUCCGGGGAUGAGCCAGGAGCUAAAUAUGGGAGACACCCAGCACCUUCAUGGCAAAGUGAGUGCAGCCCUAUGGUACCUUGGAGAGAAUGACCUCGUAGGAAUCUGCAGGUACCUAAAGUGUGAUGGGCUGCUAGACAGAGGAGAUCCCCGCAGCAGACCCAGGAGGGCGCUCAUUAAAGUGGCUGAAGAAACCAGGAUGAAGGUGAGGGCAACUGGUGGAUUUGUGGAGAGAGAGCAAGAAAGAGAGAGAGGGAGAGGAGAGGAGAGAGCAGUAUCUGUUACCAGGAAAACUCCUACCGUUGUAUCACUGGGAGACCUGCGAGCAGAUGUGAUGGUGGAGUGAUGCAGACGCUGGACACAGAGGCAGAUUAUCAGACACGGCACUGAACAGUACAAAAGGCGUCUUGUUGCUGCCCUGAAAAGAUGGUGGGACUGAGAAACUGCUCUACAUGGGAACCACUGCUACUCAAGGCCUCCUGCAUCAAGUCCUGUGCCAACGGCUGCUCCGUGGGCAUCACCGCACACCUUACCUAUGCUAAUGCUGACAUAGAGUCUGUAGAAGGUGUGUUUGUGUACCCUCUCGGGGAGAAGGAGGUUGUGGUGGGCUUUGAGGCCGUGAUCGCGGGCCGGUUGGUCGGGGUCCAGAUCGAGAACCGAGGGAAGCUGAAGGACUGCUGUUUGGAUUGCUUCCCUGGAUCUGGUCUUGAAGGCCACUGUGGGAAUGGCCGGGAGUGGGGCUGCUGUGGGAGCUCCAGCCUCGACAUGCAAUGCACCAACGGACAUCUCAUCCUGGACGAAGACCUUGAAAGAACCACCUUCAUCGUGGGCACAGGCCUCAUUGGGCCCAUGGACAUAGUGUCCGUUAUCAUCAGCACCACACUAGAGCUCCCCACAUUAGAAAAUGGAGCAAUCCGCAUCGUCUACCCCACAUUGCUUACUCCGAUCGUCACUGGCCAGAUGACUCCAAGCAAGAGUGAAAAUGGGGGGAAAUCUGAAGAAACUGGACCAACCAGCUGUUUCGGUGCCGCCUCAGGAAAACAAGACCGGGCCUUAGACUCUGAGCAACAGUGUGCCCACGCCAUCUUCACCAGGCCAGCUGCCAACCUGGCACCUUAUGAGCUGAACUUCCAGCUGCUGGUCAGAGGGGCCUGCCUACUGGCCGGACUGGAAAGCCCCACUCACGCACUGAGGGCAGAUGCAGACCCAAGUGCCCAAAGUGCCUCAGCGACCUACAUCACCUUGGCACAGGAGCAUCCAUAUGACAGACACAUAGAGAUUAUUCUGCACCUCAGUGAACCUCACAGCCCAUUGGUCAUAUUAGAGAGAGGCAGGCUCUCAUUCAGCCAGUACGAACAGCAGAUCUCUUCCCGCCGUGAUUUCAUUCGCUGCACUCGUAAAGAUUCAGAACCUGAGAGGAAGCUGGAGUUUGUGAGGAAGCGAUACCACAAGGACAUUCUGAGCAGCCCCGUCUUGAUGCUCAAUUUCUGUCCCGACUUGCUGCGUGAACCUCUGGAGCUGCACAAAGCCACCAGAGAACUGCUGUUCCUUGUUGACCGCAGCGGCAGCAUGAGUGGCACCAACAUCCAUCGCGUAAAGGAUGCCAUGGCGGUGGCAUUGAAGAGUCUCCCUUCUGGCACCAUGCUCAACAUUGUGGGCUUCGGCACCACCAUCAAGCCUCUGUUCACUUCCAGCAAGCUCUGCACUGAUGUCACUCUAAUGCAGGCGUACGAGUACGUCCAAAGGAUGAGAGCUGACAUGCGAGGCACCAACCUGCUGGGCGCGCUGUCCUGGGUGUACCAGCAGCCCAUGCAGCGCUCAUAUCCUCGCCAGGUCUUCAUCAUUACAGACGGAUCCAUCAGCAAUGUGGCUAAAGUGCUGGAGAUGGUCCGCAGAAACACAUGCGCUGGCAGAUGCUUUGGUUUAGGCCUUGGUCCCCGAGCUUGCAGGAGACUCCUGCAGGGCGUUGCCAAACUGACAGGAGGGACUACAGAGUUCCUGGAUGAUGAGGAGAGACUCCAGCCCAAGUUAAUCAAGUCUCUGAAAAAGGCCUUUGAACCUGUGCUGACUGACGUACGGAUUGACUGGUAUCUGCCAGAAAACAUGGAGGCCUUUCUUACACCCAAUGAAAUCCCUCCGCUGUACCCUGGGAAUCGUCUAAUUGGAUAUUGCACUCUAUAUGAUAUGACGGAUUUCAAAGCAAAAAAGACCGAGUCUCAAGGAAGGGGCUAUAAAGGACAUCGCGACUCCACAGGUUCAGUUUUUGGACAAUCAAAUGAUGAGGAAUCAUCUCCCCCUGCCUCCGAGUUAAUGCCCGUGGUGACAUGUGCAGAUGGCACCGACUUGGAGGAGGCACUGAGGGAGAUCUCCAGAGAAAUCUCCUCAGAGUUCUCCUGUGCCAGAAACACAGAUCCUGGAACCAGCCCAGGUGUGGAGGUAGACAAGUCCAGUGACGUGAGGAGGAGGAUCCAGGAGAGCUCUUAUAUCCAGGAGCAGUAUGUCCUCACUCGCUGCUCCCUCAGUAGCGAGCGGAGUCUACAAACGCAGUCCAUCUCGCACAUACACGUCUCGUCCAACUCCGACUCUGCAGGCGGGGUCUUUCUGCCUGAUCCUCACUCCUCUGGUUCAGUACUGGAUACAGGAUCUCUACCCCAAGGCCUUGAAAAGCUGCCCCCACCAGAACAGAGAUCAUCCCUGUCUCGCUGGGCAGACUCCGCAUGGCAGCAAAACCUUUCAGCGGAAACCCCUGAUAACGGGGCAGAAAAGAUUGGCCGUCUAGAUGGAGGUGAGGAGUAUCGUAGGAGACAUAAAGCGCUGGCCCGUUCAACCAUGGCAGCACGGAGUUUCUCUUCCCCCCAGGGCGAGCUGGAGAUGCAUCGCUUAAGGAGAGCUUUGGAGAGGGUCUCCUUUGACCAAACGCUGGGAGGGAGGCUGGACGAAAGCGAUGGGGAGACGAAGCCCCCAUCGGGAGGCACACUGUCCCGCAGAAGCCUCACCGACUCCAAUGGACUCCUGUUCCCCGCCUCUCCUCUGGACUGGGACAGCUUCACAGACCCAGAGUACCUCUUUACUGCUGUCCCGCCAGAGGAUCCUCCACCAGGUCAGUGCCGCUCGCUCAUUCACGGCCUGCUGAGCGGCAGACCUGUGUCCUGGGAGGUCACUGUGGAUCUGGGGCACCUCUGGACCCCUGAGGGCCAGGAGACACCAGGAGUUGAGGGUUGUGGAGGAGGAGGAGUGGAAGAAGGAAAAGGAGGGGAACCAUGGGAGGAGAUCAUUCACCAACUGACUGCUCGCUCAGUAAUCAGGGACUUUGAGAAAAUGGCAGAGAAGGAGAGUGACAUUGGCCAUGGUUCAGCUAAGCGAUACCGCAUGAAGGCUAUCCAGACCAGUAAGCACUGUAACAUAAUCUGCAUGUACACAGCCUUCACGACCACUGACAGCAACUCCAACAAAGGCUUGCCAGACAGCAUGGAUGUCCAAAACACAGGGACGCAUUUGGGGAACAGGCGGAGUUCCCAGUUAGGUAGUCGCAGGCAGAGGGCCUAUUCUGUCGGUUUGGGCAGACGGCGCACCAGCAGAGACAGUGAAGAGAUGGAGGACACCUUGAACUCUACAGACAGAGAUGACACCCCUGCAUCACCCUGUAGCCUUACAUCCUGGGACUCUAGUUUAGGAGGCAGUGCGUACUCCGCUACAUCCCCAGCAAUAACAAGCUCCUCAUGCACUCGAUCACAGCGAUCUAUCGAGAGCAAGUCAAUGGAGAGCUUCUUUGGCACCAGAUUUCCACUGGGCAGACUCAGGUCCUCUAUUUCAUCAGGAAAGCAGGUUCCUCUCAAGUCCCACUGUCUGUCUGCAGAGACUGAGAAACACCCUGAAACUGAAGCUCCAGACUACCUGCCCCUGGUGCAUCUGCAGCUGGCAUCGGGAGCUUUUCUUCUGACAGAGAUCUACUCCGACUGUGUCCAGAUCCCCCUGGACCGCCUGAAAAGGGCUUCACCCUACAGCCUCCACCGCCGCAGCCUCAGCCCGCCCUUCCGCUGCAUAUCUCCCAGUGCUCCAUCUUUAUCCACAUGUAUCAAGCCUCCCGGUGCUCCCACUAGCCACCACGUUACCUUUUCUCCCUCCUCAUGCUCCCUGGCCAAACCAACCGCCCCUCCUUUCCACCACACUCCAGACGACAACCCCCUGAUGCUGGAGCCAAGGCUACGGCGGAGACACCUGUCUGACCGAGACCCUGUCAUCUCACCCACUGACCUCCCCAGCUCUGAAGAGGGCUCCCUGGAGCUCUCUGUUGGCCCCUCUCAGAGUCCCUCUCAGAGCCACGGCCAGGCAGAUAGUGGUCGCGGAUCAGAGACAGACGUAUGUGAAGGCUCCUCAAUAGAGCCAGCUGACCUCCUCCAAGGGAGCAGCCAGUUGGCUCAAGAGGACCUGGAGGGGUCGAGCUGGGCCACAGCUGUGGCUCUAGCCUGGCUCGAGCACCGCUGUGCCGGCUACUUCAUGGAGUGGGAGCUGGUGGCAGCAAAAGCAGACUUCUGGCUGCGCUGUCAGGAGCUGCCCGAGGGAGUGGACCUGGCAGGGCUGAAGGGAGCUGCCAGACAGCUGUUCCUGCUGCUGCGCCACUGGGAUGAGAACAUCAAGCUCAACAUGCUGUGUUAUAACCCCAAUAAUAUGUGAGACAAUGAUCUCUGAGGAAAA